AUGCAUUAUUUAUUUGAAAAAUUUUAUGGUCUUGGUUCUGGUAUAUCAUUAUUUAUUGCAACAAUUAUUUGGAAAGCAUUUAGUCCAGCUAUAAUUAAUACUGAACGUGAUACUGAAUUUGAAAGUGGUAUUAUAGCUUUAUUUUAUUUAUUAGCAACAAGACAUAAUAAAGUGAAGAAUAGGAAAGAUGUUGUUAAACAAAAUCGACACAUUCCAACAGCAGCUGCUUUUGGUGAUUUAUGUAUCGGUGCAUUGUCGGUAUUAACCGAUCUUCUUGGUGCCAUUAGUUACGGUAGUGAUAUUUUAUUCGCUAUUACUAUUAUUUAUCAAUACUUUGAAAUAUUUGUCAAAGAAAAGAAUGAACUUGGUAGCAUGGAUACACUUCUAUUCUAA